AUGUUGAGGACUGCAAAGAAAUAUAACGCGAGCUUCGCUGCGAUAAAACUAGAUAAGAACCUGAAAGGGCAAUUACCGAUAUGGUACCACAUUAGUGCGACGAAGCACCUACGCCGACUAGAUAACACAAGUCUGAGUAAGUGUCUACGUGCCACACACGGAGUAAUAACGGUAAUUGAUUUGAUACAAGCGGCCCGACACGAAGAGAUAAUCGCAGUACAUGGUGAGGACACGGAUGCGAUAUGUAUCUGUGAGCAAUGCGUCGAAGAUAGAUCCAUGGGAUGUGCGGACCCAAUCAAAUGCCGAGACGCCGCAGGUAGGAUACUGAGGAACGUACAGGGAAAGUGGGACCCUGAAGAACCGUCCCCAAAUGAUGGCCUGACGCUCACCAAGAGACGGAAGGAAGCCAACGUCAAAGCACUGGACAGUAAGGGCGCAGCGGUAACUUUUGACCCUUCAGUAACUGAACGAGGGGGCAUCGCUGAAGCAAUCAGAGUCUUC